AUGAAGAAGCCAACAAUGUUGUCUUUCAAAGUAUCCACAUUGAAGUACAAAAUGAAUUGGUUCCAGGAGACUUUUGGGUGGAGCCGAAAGCAGCUACUGAAGGUCCUGUCAAGGACGCCAGAUCUUUUGAACCUUUCAAUCCAUGACAAUAUUGAGCCAACAGUGGAUAGUGUUCAACAAGCAUUCAACCUGACUAAUCUAGAAGUUUCCAAGGUUUUAAUGACAAAUCCACAGCUCAUGACACUCCAGAGGGACACUCUAACGCAAAAAGCAGAAUGGCUACAAAGGCGGUUGGAUCUGAAGUCAACAGAGGAACUGUCCAAGAUAGUGCGGAGAGCUCCAAAUAUCAUGAAUUUUUCUAUCGACAAUAUCGAAAGCAAGAUCAAGUGGCUGGAGGAUAUCCUAGGGUUAGCGGGUGAUGCUACCACUAUCGCCGCACCCCUAAAGAAGGCUCCAAGUAUCCUGCAUUUGAAAUUGGACACUAUGGCCUCCAAGGUCAAUUGGCUACAAUCAAGCCUGAACAUCACUGACAGUGAAGUUGCGAAGAUAGUUUGGAAGGAUCCAGCCAUUUUAGCAAAGAACAUUGAGGAGAAUCUAGAGCCAACACUUCACUGGCUGGUGAAUCGGCUUGGCUGUGAAACAGCCAAACAGGUGAUAUCACGCCUCCCCUCUACUUUGAGUCUCAGUAUACCAGACUCAAUUGAGCCAAAGAUGGAGUACCUCCAAACAAAGUUUCAACUUGAUGAGGAAAACCUGUUAAAAAUGAUCAAGACAAUGCCAACUCUCUUGGGUAUGAGUUUCAAUAACAUCAACAAUACACUACAGUUCUAUUCAGAUUGCUAUGGGGAGGAUCAGGCACUCCAGUUUGUUAUUGGAAAUCCAGGACUUUUGACCUUGAGCCUGAAGAAUCGACUUAUUCCACGUUGGGAGCAAGCUGUUGAGUUGGAAUUUGAAAAGGAGGUUCCAAUAUCUGUUCUUGCAAUGCACACACCAAAAAAGUGGGAGAACUAUGUGGAAUCAAAAAGAUGA